AAUUUCACGUUAUUGCCAGUCGUUACCAGAGUUGAGACAAUGAUGCAGAUUGUCGGAGCAAUUUUCGGAAUUUUCUUUCUGGGACAAUCCCUAGCUAAUUCCGUCCGCUAUGAUAACUAUCGCGUCUAUAGUGUUAAUGUGGAAAAUAUUGACCAUUUCCACCAAUUAAAAUCAAUUGAAAGUCAGUACGAUUUUUGGCGAAGUGGAAAUGUUGGGCAACACUCUGAUAUUAUGGUGGCACCACAAAAAGUUGACGAAUUUGAAAAGUUUAUUGCAAAUCUAAACAGUUCAAUUAAGGUCGACAAUGUUCAAAGGCUCAUUGAUUCGGAGAACGACGCUAUGAAGCUGGGCCGUCAGCAGGAGGGCUUUGGUUGGACAUCGUAUCAUACACAUAGCGAAAUAUAUACUUGGAUUGAUUCAUUGUUGCUGCAAUAUCCGACAAUAUUGACAGGUCUCUUUGUGGGAUCAACAUUUGAGGGAAGGCAGAUAAGAGCAGUUCGGUUAUCAAGAAAAACGGGCAAUCCUACAAUUUUUGUGGAGUCUAAUAUACAUGCACGCGAAUGGAUAACAUCUGCAACAGCUACCUGGCUAUUAAAUGAACUAUUAACUUCUACAGACCCGGUUGUUCAGGUUCUAUCAAGCGAGUACGAUUGGAUUAUCGUACCUAUUGUUAAUGUAGAUGGAUAUGUCUACACCCAAACCAACCGAAUGUGGAGAAAAACUCGCCAACCUCAUUCGUUGUUCUGCUACGGAGCCGACCCGAAUAGGAAUUUCGGUUCUAAUUGGCUUUACAACGACCAGGGCGCUUCAAAAAAUCCGUGCUCAACAUCAUAUGCUGGACCUGCCCCAUUCUCGGAACCGGAAACAAAGGCCUUAUCCGAAUUUUAUUUAAAUUAUGCUUCAUCAGUGAAAAUGUAUCUAGAUUUGCAUGCUUAUGGCCAAUAUAUUUUAUUACCUUAUGGACACACAUUUGUGCAAGCUGAAACUUACCACGACAUGAUGAACAUUGGAUUAAAGGGACAAGCAGCGAUGGCGACACGAUAUGGAGCAGAUUACAUACUUGGUAGUGUUUACAACGUUAUGUAUAUAGCAACUGGAAGUAGUAUGGAUUGGGCGUAUGAUGUUGGCAAGGUACCACUUGCCUUUGGGUUUGAGCUUCGAGAUGCCCGAAAUGGAGGAUAUGGUUUCAUAUUGCCACCUGAUCAGAUUUUACCCAACUGUGAGGAAUUUAUGGACGGUCUUAAAGCUAUGAUUGCGGAAGCCGUUGUGUUGGGCUACUUUUAAUGUUGACUUUUUGUAAAUACUUAAGUGUAUGAUGUUUUGAAAUUAAUAUUAAAAUACGGAGAAUGCAGGGUU